AUGGAGGACUUCAAAAUCUGUCCGGUAACUAAGUAUUACCAAAUGAUCCUUCUACCGGUGACCUACAGCGUUGUGUUUCUGCUGGGCCUGGGUUUGAACGGCGCCCUGCUGUGGAGUGUGUGCUGUCAGACGCGCCGCUGGAGCAGCACCGUCAUCUACCUGAUCAACCUAGCCGUGGCAGAUCUCCUCUACGUGCUGGCAUUGCCCCCUCUCAUUAUCAGCAAUGCCAUGGGAGGCCUUUGGCCUUUCGGCAACAUCAUCUGUAAAGCCGUCAGGUUCUUCUUUUUUGUUAACCUCCACUGCAGCAUGAUGUUCCUCACCUGCGUCAGCGUGCACCGUUUCAUCGGAGUGUGCUUCCCCAUGGCUGCCGUGCGCCUCAGGACCAGAAAACUCGCCCUGUUUGCGUCAGGGUCGGUUUGGGUCUUGGCCACUGCGGAGAUUUUGCCGACCCUGGUCUUUGCGCACACAGGUGUGAUCAACAACAUGACCGUAUGCUUUGAAAUGACAAACCCGCAACAAUUUAAGGUUUACUUUCCUUAUGGGUUGUUUUUAGCCAUCGUAGGGUUUCUAAUCCCAUUUCUUGUCGUUAUCACCUGUUACUGCACCAUGAUGAAGGCGCUUUAUUGCAGGGCGGUGGACAGCAUCUCUACUGCCAGGACAACUCGUAUCCGCAACAAGUCUCUAUGCACUCUUUUGCUUGUGUGCCUCAUGUUUGUGAUGUGUUUUGUGCCUUAUCAUAUUGCUCGGACUGUCUAUUUGUUUGUGAGGGUCUACAUGCCCGGGAACUGUCAUCUGUUGAACGUGGCCAUGAUCUGCUUCAAGGUCUUGAAGCCUGCGGUCAGUUUCAACUGCUGCGCAAAUCCUCUCUUGUACUUUUGGGGCUCUGAUAGUCACCGUCGGAAGAUCCAGACCUGUCUGUGGAGCAGGAAGACGAGAGUGCAGCCCAGUUUGUGUGUGGUGGAUGCAGGCAGCACAAACAGGUCGGGAGGAUAG